AGGCUAUAGUCAGCAAGUGAACAAGCACUUUCACUUUCACAAGUCUUCGCGCUUCUCUUUUCCAAGUCUUCUCUCAAUCUUGGAAUUUUUGGCCUUUCCUUCUUUGAACCGUUCCAAUUUUCAUUUCACAUUUCCCUUUUAUGUUUCUUGUUCACAACAAAUAUAUCAUCUUGAGAGACUAUCAUAGGGUGUGUUCUUAGGAGGAUUGUGUUAAUGAUUUUGAUGAAGAUGGUUCUUCAAAGUAGCUGGAUUUUCAGUUAUCAUGUUUUUGUUAGUUUCUUGCUGCUGAUUAGUUCUGGUAUAAGCUAUGGGACUGAAACUGAUAUCUUCUGUUUGAAAACUAUAAAAAAUUCCAUCCAAGAUCCGAAUAAUUAUUUGACAUCUUCAUGGAAUUUCAACAAUAAAACCGAAGGGUUUAUAUGUAGAUUCAAUGGUGUUGAAUGUUGGCAUCCGGAUGAAAAUAGAGUCUUUAAUCUUAAGUUAUCGAAUAUGGGACUCAAGGGUCAGUUUCCACGCGGCAUUGUUAAUUGUUCGAGCUUAACAGGAUUAGAUCUUUCGAUCAAUGAUCUCUCUGGAAACAUUCCCGUAGAUAUAUCUUUGCUUCUAACCUAUGUGACGUCUCUUGAUCUAUCUUCAAAUGAAUUUUCUGGAGAGAUACCUCCUAGUCUUGCAAAUUGUUCUUAUCUAAACACCCUUAAACUUGAUCAAAACCAACUCACUGGUCAAAUUCCUCUACAGUUAGGCACUCUCACACGUCUUAAGACGUUUGAUGUAUCCGACAAUUCUUUGACUGGGCAAGUUCCAUACUUCACCCAUGGUAACGUUAGUGUAAAUUAUGCAAAUAAUUCUGGUCUUUGCGGUUCUUCUUCAUUGGGUCCUUGUAAGACGAAGAAAUUUGGAAAUCUUUGAGGAUAUCCAAAGAAAUUAAAAAACACUUCUAAAUACUCUGAGUGUUCUUCAGAAUUUAAGAGAUUAUUUUCUUGUAACUCACUUGUACUAUUUUCUUGUAACACAUUUGUAAUAUAUUGUAAUAGAUUUUGGAGGUAUAGUGAAUAAGAGAACUUUUCUAUC